AUUUCUAUCAGUCAAACAUUCAACAUGAAUUACAUCGUAACAACCGCGGUACUGGCACUGGCCCUUGGACUGGGUCUAGUUCUUAUUGAAACCGCUAGCAGUUUUUCUCUUCUCAAUAGAACAAGAGUAGGUCUCUUUGGAAGGAGAUUCUACGUAACUUCCGUUCCCAAUACAACGAUCAGUACUACCACAACCACAGCUAAAAUUCGCAAUAGCACGAGCACGACGAUGACUACCGCUCUCCACGGCAGAAUUCCCAAACCCAUGAAGGGGUUCGGGCCGGGUUGGGACUUCGACCUUUUUCCAUUACUCACAAAUCUUACACAGAACGAUCGCCUUGAGUAUUUUAUAAAAUGCGUAUCGGAUGGAAAUCAUUGCAGCAUAGCCGAGCAUUGUUGCAACAAAAAAUGUCUAAUUGGCUCAAAGAAGUGCAUGCCGAGUUCAAUUGCGUAUCAAGUAGGUUUAGUGGGAUAAUUUUGUAUUAUAAUAAUUAUUAUUAUUAUAUA